GGGGAGAGGGAGAGAGAGAGAGGUCACUCAUAUGCUGUCCCACACAGGACUGAGGUGCCAAGUUCAUGCAGUUGAUUUGAAAAGUAAGGAAACUACUUUGGAAACUGGGUUCUUCUCUGGAAUUGGUAGUUGGAGAAACUCAACAGUGGGUGAACAUCCAUGGCAGGUCUCCCUAAAAUUGAGGGAGCACCUCUUCUGUGGAGGAAGCUUGAUUCAAGGUGAUCUGGUUGUUACAGCAGCACACUGCCUGGCUGGCCUCGAGAAGCAAAUGAAGAGUCUGAUGGUGACUGCUGGGGAGUACAGCCUCUUUCAGAAGGAUAAGGAGGAACAGAAUAUUCCUGUCUCAGAAAUUAUUAUUCAUCCGGAAUACAACAGAUUUGGAUACAGGAGUUUUGAUAUUGCAUUGUUGUACCUAAAACACAAAGCCAAGUUUGCAUCAGAAUAUCCAAAUGUCCUACAAGAAGUGGAACUUCCCAUAAUGGAUGACAGAACCUGUAAUCCCAUGCUCAAGAGUACGAACCUUGCUUCCCUGGGAAGGACCAUGUUGUGUGCCGGUUUUCCUGAUGGGGAACAGGAUGCCUGCCAGGGAGAUUCUGGAGGUCUGCUUGUUUGUAGAAGAGAGGAUGGAGUCUGGGUUCUUGCUGGGAUAACUUGCUGGGGAGUUAGUUGUGUUAGAGGUUGGAAUCCUUUAAGGAACAAGCAGAGAAGGACAUCACCUGGUAUUUUCUCCAAAGUGUCUGCAUUGAUGGAUUUUAUCAUUCAGAUCAUGGUCACAGAUUGUAGACUUCAGGGAACAGUGUUAUUUGGAGAAAAUGGGAAGAUUCGUUACCCUCAUUUCAAAGAGAACAACUAUUCUCAUAAUUGCUUAUGUAUCUGGAAAAUAAUAGUACCAGAAAAUAAAAUUAUCUUAAUAAAGUUUACAAGCUUAUACAUAGAAAAUCAAGUUGAAUGUGACCAUGACUAUGUGUCUUUACAAUCAAGCAAUGGAGUGCUUAUUAGUAAGGUCUGUGGAAAUACUCUUCCCUCACCAUUGCUGACAGAGGCCAAUGAGGCCACAGUAACAUUUGUUACUGAUGCAGAGAACAGUGGCAGUGGCUUUGAAUUUACUUUUACUGCUGUACAGAAGAACUCAGAAGCAGGUUCCAGUUGUGGGAGUGUGGCUGUGUUGGUAGAAGAAGGGAUGAUUCACUCUGCUGGGUAUCCUGACUUAUAUCCCAGUAAUGUAGAGUGUCACUGGUUCAUCCAUGCUCCAGAGAGACAUGUUAUAAAGUUGGCAUUUGAAGACUUUAGUAUUGAAUUUAACCAGAACUGUUAUGAUGCUGUUGUGAUUUAUGGUGAUCCUGAAGAGAAACAUGAGCUAGCUAAACUUUGUGGAAUCUUGAAUCCUGCUCCAGUAUUCAGUCCUGGUAACAUGAUGGCAAUUCAUUUUAAAAGUGAUGGUGAAAAUAACUUCCGAGGCUUUAAGGCUAGAGUCACCUUUUUGCUCUCAGACUCUUUAAACAAAAUUGGAUCAACAUCAUCUCCCCAAACCAAUCCUGUAUCUUCUGUAAAAGCUAUUCCAUAUAGUGUCUGUGGCCUCCCCCCAUUUGGACCCCAGUGGCUUUCCAGAAGAAUUAGAGGGGGGCAAGAAGCCUGCCCCCACUGCUGGCCAUGGCAGGUGGGUUUGAGGUUUCUAGGCAAUCACCAGUGUGGAGGUGCCAUCAUCAACCCAGUUUGGAUUCUGACUGCAGCCCAUUGUGUACAGUGGAAAAAUAAUCCACUCUUCUGGACAGUUGUUGCUGGAGACCAUGACAGAACCUUGGAAGAAUCCACUGAGCAGGUGAGAAGGGCCAAACGCAUCGUGGUGCACGAGGACUUUGACGCAGUGACCUAUGACUCUGACAUUGCCCUAAUCCAACUGAGCUCUGCUCUGGAGUUCAACUCAGUGGUGAGGCCGGUAUGUCUCCCACACAGAAUGGAGCCUCCGUUUUCCUCUGAGAUCUGUGUUGUGACUGGAUGGGGAAGCAUUAGUGAAGAUGGUGACCUCGCAAGUCGCUUACAGCAGAUUCAAGUGCCUGUGUUAGAAAGAGAGUUCUGCGAACGUACUUACUAUUCUGCCCACCCAGGAGGGAUCUCGGAGAAGAUGAUCUGUGCUGGCUUUGCAGCAUCUGGAGGCAAAGAUAUCGGUCAGGGAGAUUCUGGCGGACCAUUAGUAUGUAAACAUGAAAAAGGUCCCUUUGUCCUCUACGGCAUUGUCAGCUGGGGAGCUGGCUAUGCCCAGCCAAGGAAGCCAGAUGUAUUUUCCAGGGUGAGUGUCUUCUUGGAGUGGAUUCAAUCCAAAAUCAAAGGUCAUGCUUUACUUCAGAUUAAUAAUGAAAAUGAAACCUUACAAAGACAACAACUGCCACCACCCACAGCUUCAACAGACGCAUCUGGGCCAGGCUGUUACUCUGAAGCGGAGCUUCAGGAACCCAGAGGCUUUUUUUCUUCUCCACUAUACCCACUGGAUUAUCAAGGAAAGCUGGAAUGUUCUUGGGUGCUCAGAGUCUUGCCAAAUAGUAUGGCAAAAUUUACAGUUGAGUAUCUGUCACUCCCUAAGUCUCACAUGUGUCAAGAUUCAGCUCUGACUAUUUAUGAAGAAAACCACAGUGAGAGAAAAAUGUCAGGUGAAUUAUGUGGAAGAAGACUUUACCCAAUGAUUUUCAUGAGCUCUGGACCACUGGUGAGGGUAACAUUUCAUUCCCAUGUGCAAGGUGCUUUUGGCAUACGUUAUAUUGUUUUUAGAGUCCAAGGUCCAAAAGGCGGUAAAAGGACCAGAUUUCUUCAGAGUUCAAACCAAGAGCUGGUGGUCACUUGUGAGGAUGCUCUUCUGACCAAACCAGCAGGAAUCAUACAAAUCCCAAGAUAUUUUCAGAGAACCACUAGGAGCUGCCACUGGAGAUUAUUAGCCCCAUUAAAUCACAUCAUUCGCCUGGAUGUUAUCAACUUCCAGCUGAAACCAGUGCCCUUGGCCUGUCAGGGUCACCUGUGGGUUUAUGAAGGAUUUGGAUCAGACAGAAAAUUAAUAGGAAACCUAUGCGAAGGAGAUUCACCUUCAUUAAAAUCGCAUGGUCCUCGUAUGAUGUUGAUUCUCACAUACAAUGUCAGUUUGGCUACGGAAGAAUUUUCUUUGAGAUAUUCUUUUCAUAUUUCUGAUUCCAUGAGAGGAAAAAUUAAAGUUACUGAUAAAGGAUGUCCAGUAUUGGAUCUGAUUCCAGUUAGUUCUGUUGAGAUCACCUCUCCCAAUUAUCCUAACAUUUAUCCUAACAUGCUGAACUGCACUUGGACUUUUUAUUCCUUGUCAGGAAAUAGAAUGAAGGCAGUGAUUAACGACUUUAUAACAGAAGAAUCUUGGAGCUGUAAAUGGGAUUACUUCAACAUUUAUGAUGGACCAGAUCAGCAAUCAAGAUUACUUGCUCACUUAUGUGGCUCCAAGAAAGAAUUUGUCUUGAUAUCCAGUGAUGCUUACCUAACUGUGAAUUUUAAGACUGAUGAGUCUGUGGGAGAAAGAGGUUUUAGACUUAUUUUGGAAGAUGUGAUUCAGAAGCAAUCACAGAAAAGUGAUUUUGGGACCCAGUUGCCUAUCAAUGGGAUGACAGUAGAAAAUACCAGAAGACAGCCUACCCAAGACAAAUGUGGAAUUCCGGUUGUUGACCCAUUUCUUAUGGAAGGCUCUGAGAGAAAUACAGAUAUGCUGCUAGCCGAGCUUGGGGAGCCCAGGGUGGUCGGUGGCCAUGCCGCCCCUUCAAUGUCAUGGCCCUGGCUGGUCAGUUUGCAGCACCAAGGACAGCACUACUGUGGCGGUGCACUGAUUGGCAAACAGUGGGUCCUGACAGCCGCACACUGUAACUUUAGUACUAUCACAGAUAACCUGGUAAUAGGAAGACAUUACUUGUGGAACAUAGGAAAUAGUGAUUUGAUACCAGUGAAAGCUGUGUACACUCAUCCUGGCUUCACAUAGUUUCCUCCCAACAAUGAUCUGUCUUUGUUACAUCUGGAAAAGCCUGUUCAACUAGGUCUGUAUGAAUAACUCUUCCAUAUUUUGAACUUUUGCCAUGUAGUUUUUACCUUCCAUCUUGCUUAGAAGUGCUGUUUGUACUUUUGAAGUUAAAUGAUUUUUUUUUCUUCGUAGGUGCUUUGUCUAAAAGCUGAAGUAUAUGCAUAAACAUUUUACUUUUUGUGUGUAUUUCAUUGAUGCAGAUAUAGAGAAGAUUUCAAAGAAAUGUAUUUUUAACUUUGUUCUGUAUAUCCUUCUGACCCUUUUAUGGUCUAACCCAAAUACUUAGAACAUUAGUUCAAACUGUCAGAUGUUCAAUUUUUUGUACCUGCAUAACUUAGUAAAAUCUUUUUUUUUUUUAAUAUUGACUUAAGCCAAAGAUAAGCCAAAGUUAAGAGUUGUCAGCCCUGGCUCUGUCACAAAACAGCCACAUGAUCUUGGACAGGUUGUGUAACUUCUCUGUACCUCAGCUUUAUCAUUUAUAGAAAGAGAAUGACAGUAACCCACCUACCCACUUAGCACAGGUGAGCAUUCAGGGGGACGGUGUAUUGGAGGAAAUUUAACUAAGACCUGUGGUUAGUCCCCACUUUACAUCCUUGCCUUUCCAUGGAACCAUAGGGUUAUGGGAUGGUUUUCCUGCUUUGCUCAGACUUUCUCCUGUGUUUCUGCUUAUAGCCUCACCUCCCUUUCUAUGUCUUUUCAAUACAUCUGACCUACAAACCCCCAGUCAUGGUUCAAUCUAUCCUUUGCUUUUUAAACUUUUAUAACUGAGUUGGGGAGAGCAUUUAGAACAAUGUUUUCUAACCUGACUGUGCCUUAUCAUCCUUUGAGUUGCUUUAAAAACAAAACAAAAACUGGAGACCAGGAUGCAUUUGGGAACAGUUAAUUACAAUCUCAGGAGUGAAGACCUGACCCUAGUGGUUUUUUUUUUUUUCUCCUCACCCUGCUUUUAAAAUUUAUUUUUAGUUAAACUUUUUAUAAUAAGAUACUUGUAGAUUUUCAUGCAGCUGUACGAACUGAUACAGAGACAUUAAAGUAUUUCUUAGCUAGUUUUCACCAAUGGUAACAUCUUGCAGGACUAUAGAUAUAGAACAAGAUAUAAAACAUUUCUGUCACACAGGGAUCUGUAUUGUGGCCCUUUAAUAGGCACACCCAUUUCUUUCCUUCUAACCCCACCCAGAUUUCAGUCAACCAGAGAUCUGUUUUCUGUUUCUAAAAUUUUGUUAGUUCAAGGAGUGUUAUAUAAAUGGAAUAUAUAGUAUGUAAACUUUGGAGAUUGACUCUUUUUUCUCAGUAUAACACCCCAGAGUUGAUUCAUGUGAUGCAUGUUAACAACAGUGCAUUCCUUUAAUUUAUUUAAAAAUGUAAAUGCAAAAAAAACCCACGUUUUUCUCCCUUUUAAAAAUUGAAGUUAAUACUAGUUUUGGGAGUACAGCAUAGGGAUUAAAUAUUUUUACAGAUUAUACUCCAUUAAAAGCUAUUGUGUGAGUUCCCAUCAUGGCUCAGCAGCAAUGA